UGUCGCCCCUGUUCCCGUGAGCCCACCUUCCUCCCUGACCCGGAUUUCCAGCCUCAGCUGCCCGCCGGCCACCCAGUCGGCACCCUGUUGCAGUGGGGUUACUAAAAGGUGGCAGGGGGCCGCUUGGUUCUUCUUAAGUAACCCCCCCACCCCGUAAACGUACAACCACGUAGUAUUAGUGUUCAACCCAGCUUCAAUCUAGUCCCUCAACACCCCGUUCCACGCCCCCUUUGCUGCGCCUGCGGGCUGGAAGUCCGCCUGUGUAGACAUUCCGGGCCACACCAGCGCACCAGCCAUACCAGCUACUCUCAAAGGCACUCAUCCAGCACUCCUGGGCUGACCCCACUUUGCCUCAGGCCUGUCAUAUAUGCCCCCCGUCCCCCCCCCCCCCACUGCCUUUGCCGCUCCCUGUCGAAUGUGGGGAAAGAAGUGAUUCCCCAGGGGGUUCUAGCCAUAGACGAGUUUGGGAAGGGCCGGGGCCUUCCCGGAAGGAGAGGCUGGCUUUCGCGGGAUUCGGGGGAUGGAAUACCCUACCCUUGGUGUGGCUGCCCGUGCACUCUGAGUGCUGAAGCAACAGGCCAGAGAUGGAGAGAGGAAGAGGAGGAGGGGGCUUGGGAAUGCCAGGCGGUGAAGCAGCUCUCUUUGUCCAGGAGGAGGCAGCGGAUUCCUAAGGAGAAGCUAUCCCUGGGCUUCCUCCUGAAACCGUGUCCUCUGAGGGAAAGACAUGCUAGCUUCCCAGAAAGCUAAACUCUCUUUUUAUGAGAAUCAGGUUGCUGCUGUGGCCACCGCAGCCCUGCCUAUGAGCUGACCAGCCUUUCCAGGUCAGGGGGAGGAAAGGAGCGUACAGGAUGCGGUCAGGGUGGCAGGGGGCCACUGGAGGGGCGAGCAGGGCAAAGCUGGAUCACUUUGUUUGAUUGACCCAGUAUAUAGAGGCUUCGAUGACUACCCAGAACAACUGCUCUCUCUCUCCCUAGGCAUCUCUUCAGUGAGCCAGGCAGGCAGGGUGGGGGAGGAUUCUAGAAUUCUGCCUGGGCUUUCUGCAGAGGCACAGUGUAACCAGGGAGCCUGGAGAGGCAGGUGUGGUGGGGAGGGAGCAGAGAGAUAACUGGGAGAGUCCCAGAGGGUCAGAGAACAGCUGUUUGAGCGUCUCAGCCUCUUCAGAAAGCCCCUACAUCCUGUGUGCUAAUUGGGAUUGUCAUGGGAAAAAGGCAUCCUUCCACCCUUGGUCUCCAUCCUUUAGUCAUAACUCUCAGCAACCCCUCUGCCAAGGACUUUGCAGACACUGUCCGCUUGAGUAAGGCUUUCUGGAGAAAGGCUUUCUGGGAAACGCUUCUCAGAAGUGUUAGCAUCUGGAGGGGCUUAAGCCUUGGUGGGAAAGGAAGGGAUGGGGCUGAGGGAGACUGUGGGGAGGAAGGAGGAAUGUGGGGAGAUUGAGAAAGAGGAUUAAGUGUGGCUGAGGGAGAGGGAGUGAAUGUGAAUUGUGCAAUUUGGAUAGAGGUUGGAGGUGAAGGUGGAGGCGUCAGAUGGGGGCGGAGAUGUGUGUGUAUGUGUAUGCAUGGGCACACAUGUGCUUGUGCCUGUGUGUGAGCUGGGAAGCUGAGGUGAGGAGGUGGGACCAAGGAGACCAGCAGUUCAGACACCUGACAGGGAAUUCCAGUCCUGCUCAAAAGAGACCAGCAGGUGUUAGCUUUUCUAUUUCAGACCAAAUCUCUGCAGCAAAUGGAGAACCACCCUGGGGACAUAAAGGCCCCAGUCCCUCGCCAAUAUUUGGGAAGGAUGAAGGCUUAAUCUGUGUUUGGGGGGAAAUUAAAAGGGUCAUGGAGUCCCUGGGAGGGGCAAACAGUUAGGUGCUUGGCUACUAACCUAAAGAUUGGAGGUCCAAGUCCACCCAGAGGUGCCUCAGAAGAGAGGCCUGGCGAUAUAUUUCCCGAAAAAAAUCAGCCAUUAAAAACCCUCUGGAGCACAGUUUUCUUUUGACACACGUGGGGGCGCCAUGAGUCAGAAUCAAUUCGACAGUAACUGAUUUUUUUCGAAGGGUGGUGAUACGCAGGAAGGGUCAUGGUAUGAAGGACUCUUUUGGCAACAAGCGAAGUUCUAGAGAAAAUCGGGCCGAAGGACAGAUGCUACUUCCCCCAGGUCUGACUGCUGUUACGUGAGGAGCGGGCUGACUGACCAUGGCUUGCGGUCAGCAGUUUAGUCAGAGGCUGAGGCUUCUCAGAUUUUAAAACAGAGGCAGAAAACUGGCCCUGAGAUCAUUUUAAAGACACCCUCAGGGUGUUUUUUACAUUCUUGUUUUUCUUUGAGAUACACUUGAUAUGUGCUUAUCUUUCUUUGGGUGCUUUCGUUUCAUCUACUCAUUCCUGUGGCCUGUCAGUCAGCACGUACUGAUCACCUCCCCCACUCUGUGCCAGGUCCUGUGCUGGGCGCUUAAGGCCCUGGGCUUAGUUCCCAGGAAUGCUGGUCUGUUGGGGAGCUUGUCCAGUUAGAAUAGGCCUAUCUUCCGGGUGCUGGGCUCUGAACCCCUCCUCUCCCUUCUCCUCCAGCAUACACACAGCUCCUCUGAAUAUAGCUCAUUGACGAGGCUGUGACAGGGUCGGAACUUUAAACCACCAGUUCCCAGACAAACUCAGCCAAGCCCUGGCAAUGUUUAAUUAAAUUACCCACCGACUCCAAGCCACAAUUUAAAGUUGGGAACCAGAAAUGUCCAGGAAACAAAGCAGAGCUGAAGUCCCCUGCCCAGAGGCAAUUCCUCUCCGUUUUUGUUGCCUUUGGUAUGUGGAGACAUUUCCUGACACGGGAGCUUUGUCUUCUUAGAAGUUGCCUCCUUGCUGCCCAGUCCUGGUCUCUCUACUCCCCUGGGCACGUGACCUCAUCUAGCCCGUCUCCAGGGAGAUGGCUGAGAUGGCUUUAGACACUGACCUCCUGCCAGUGCCUGCCCUUGGGCCUCUCCUUCCCCUGGCCUCCUCAGAGUCUGGGUUCAUUUGCAUUCUAUGCUUGUCUCCUCUAGGCAUUUGAGGCUAGAAAAUCCGGAAGAAGGGAAGGGAUGGGCAUGGGCUGCUUUGAAAGCCUUGGUUGGGGGUCCUUUCUACCAGCCUUCAUCUUCAGCAUCACUUUCCCCUGUUUCUUCCAACACACCUGAUUGCUGCCAUUGCCAGGGUCCCAGCAGGCUGGAAGUGGAGACGUGACCUGGCCUCUGACCCUGGACUCACUGGCUUACUAGGUGACCUUGAGCAAGUUCCUUGGUUGCUGAGGCCUCAUUUUCUCUGUGGAAUGAAGAAUACCCUUAAGAUUCCUUUCAGUCCUUUUCUCCUGUCAUGCCAGUGAGCAGGUAAAUGGGUUUGGCCCCAACCCCAGUGAUGUUGCUAAUAAGAAUCAGCAUGGCAUGACGGCAGGGUUCUUUCCAGCUCAGAGUUUCUGUGCAAGUUUUGCUUCCUUUAUGGAGUCCCUGGGUAAUGCAAAUAGUUGAGCACUCAACUACUAGGUGACCACUCAGAGACACCUCGGAAGACAGGCCUGGCAAUCUGCUUCUGAAAAGUCACAGCCUUAAAAAUCCUAUGGAGCAGUUCUACUCUGCAAGCAUGGGGUGGCCACGAGUCAGCAUUGACUCAACGGCAACUAACAACAACAAAACAACAGCAACAACAUGUCUUUUGCAUAGUGAGAAGGGUCAGAUGGAGAGAGAGUGGGUCUGAUUAAAGAGUUUGACAGCAGCGCCCGCCCCCAUACUCUGCCCCACUCUGUGUGAGCACAGGAGUGGAGGGGCAGGUAUCAUGAUGAUAACAAGACAGUUACAGGGUCGAGGGUCAGCACGUGCCUGCAUUGUGCCAAGCACACUGCACACAUUAUCUUGUUUAAUGCUCAAACAACCUUAUGAAGAACCUAUUGUCACUUGCAUUUUAUAGAAAAGGAAACAAGUUAGAAGAGAUGAAGUUGUCCAAGGUUUAACGCUAGUAAAUGGCAGAGCUUCAUUCUAUAAACAGCCACCCAACACCCGCCUGUUCGAGAGUUAUAGCAGUAACAAAUCAUCCACAUCUUUGCCCUCAUGGAACAUUCUAGCAGGGGGAGGGAGGUGCCCCUGAGAGCGACCUGGGGUUUCCUGACAGUGAAAGCUGUAGCAAUGGUGCGUCACUUGAGCAGAUGUGGGCAAAAUGUCCCAGAGACCUCAGGUUGUGCCUAGAAGGUGUUGCUUCCCAUUUUCCAGGAACUAGAACACCCUCGAUGUUUUGGGGUGUGGGUGUCAGAGUUGCUAGGAAAAAACAACAUUCUUUCUCUUUGUUCCUGUGAACAUCCUGUAUGCCCAUCCUAUUAAGAGACUUUUGGGUCACUGCGCCUUAGGACCAGAUGGAAUUUCCUCAGAUCAUUUGGUUCAUGGUCCUGCUUCUAGAAGGGUCUGUGACUAGCUCAUUCCAAACAGGCUGGUCUCUGAAAAUAAUUAGAGAAUGAACGAAACCCCACCAUCUCUCUUGUCUCAAAGUUCGGUUCUGAGGUCUUCUUGCUAUCUCUACCUUCCUGCCUUGUGGGCCUGCUCCAGCUCCUCUCAGGCUGAACUUAACUCUAGAACAUUACCUCCAAAAAAGCAGCUCUUACCCUUGACACCCCACUGUCUGUUCGCAGUUGCUUGUGGUCAAAGCCUCAGAAUUCUUUGUCUCAUUCUGUCAUUCAGAGUCUUAUUUGGGUGUCUAGCUACAGAGGAGCCCUGGUGGCACAGUGGUUAAGAGCUUGGCUGCUAAACAGAAAGUCAGCAGCUUGGCAGUUCGAAUCCACCAGUCAGUCACUCCUUGGAAACCCCAAGGGGCAGUUCUCUGUCCUAUAUGGUUGCUGUGAGUCAGAAUCGACUCAAUGGCAAUGGGUUUUGUUAUUGUUUUUUUGGUUUACUAGCUACAGGUGCAUAGACCGUGUGGGCCAGCAGCUCAAACUUUAGCAUGCAUGAUGAAAACCCAGGACAGCUGUUCACAUGCAGAUUCCCCGGUCCAGGCCCUGGAGAAGCUGGCCCAUAGGUGUAGAAUGCAUUGCUGAUCUGUACCCCAGGAGAUUCUAAAGCAGGGACCCUCCGUCCAGUUCGCCGCAACUACUACGACCCAUCCUCGGCCCCUGGGAAGGGCGUGGUGUGGGAGUGGGAGAACGACAAUGGUUCUUGGACGCCCUAUGACAUGGAAGUGGGCAUCACCAUCCAGCACGCCUAUGAGAAGCAGCACCCCUGGAUCGACCUCACCUCCAUCGGCUUUAGCUACGUCAUUGACUUCAACACCAUGGGCCAGAUCAACCGGCAGACCCAGCGCCAGCGCCGUGUCCGGCGACGUCUGGACCUCAUCUACCCCAUGGUCACAGGCGCCUUGCCCAAGACCCAGUCCUGGCCGGCCAGCACUGGCUCAGCCGCUUUGCCCCCCACCCUACCUUGCUCCUGCCCACAGUGUGUCCUGGUGAUGAGUGUUAAGGCAGCCAUGGUCAAUGGGAGCACUGGGCCCCUGCAGCCCCCAGCAGCCCGCAAGAACGUGCCCCCAUCUGGAGCAGUCAAGCUGCCCCCACCGCCAGGCCCUGGGGCCAAACCACUGGAUGGCUCAGGCACCAUCCGGGGCCCCGUGAAAACCGUCCCAUCCCAGGUGAGCCGGCGACAAGCCUCUAGCACACAAGCUGGGAUGACUGCGGGCUCUCCUACCAGCCCCCCAGGAGCCAACGGCAAGACCGGAAGAGUGGCCCUGGCAACUUUGAAUCGUACCAACUUGCAGCGGCUGGCCAUCGCCCAGUCCCGGGUCCUAAUCGCCUCUGGGGUCCCCACCGUCCCGGUCAAGAACUUGAAUGGGUCUAGUCCUGUCAACCCUGCCUUGGCAGGAAUCACUGGGAUCCUCAUGAGUGCAGCGGGGCUGCCUGUGUGUCUCACCAGGCCACCAAAGCUGGUCCUACACCCACCCCCCGUCAGCAAGAGUGAAAUAAAAUCCAUCCCAGGGGUUUCCAACACAAGCCGCAAGACCACCAAAAAACAAGCCAAGAAAGGUAAAACCCCAGAGGAAGUGCUGAAGAAGUAUUUGCAGAAAGUCCGGCACCCACCAGAUGAGGACUGCACCAUCUGUAUGGAGCGCCUCACAGCCCCUUCGGGCUACAAGGGCCCGCAGCCGACAGUCAAGCCUGACUUGGUGGGCAAGCUGUCUAGAUGUGGCCACAUCUACCACAUCUACUGCCUGGUCGCCAUGUACAACAAUGGGAACAAGGAUGGGAGUUUGCAGUGUCCGACCUGUAAGACCAUUUACGGGGUGAAGACAGGCACUCAGCCUCCAGGGAAGAUGGAGUACCACCUCAUCCCCCACUCCCUGCCGGGCCACCCGGACUGUAAAACCAUCCGCAUCAUCUACAGCAUCCCUCCUGGCAUUCAGGGCCCAGAACACCCAAAUCCCGGGAAGAGUUUCAGCGCUCGUGGCUUCCCACGUCACUGUUACCUUCCGGACAGCGAGAAAGGAAGAAAAGUUCUGAAGCUGCUGCUGGUGGCCUGGGACCGCCGCCUCAUCUUUGCCAUUGGUACUUCCAGUACCACGGGCGAGUCAGACACAGUCAUCUGGAACGAGGUCCACCAUAAGACAGAGUUUGGCUCUAAUCUCACUGGCCAUGGCUACCCAGAUGCCAAUUACCUGGAUAACGUGUUGGCUGAACUGGCUGCCCAGGGCAUCUCUGAAGACAGUGCUGCCCAGGAGAAGGACUGAGGCUGGAGGGCUUUGGGGUGGGAUGGACCCAUGGGGACCACAAGGCAGGAAGUGGGGAGAGUCAAGGUAGAAGUUGGUGCCGUGCCCUCCCAACUCCCUCAUCUCCCCUCCUGUUCUGUCUCCAUCCCUCCUGUUCCUCCCAGCUACAGUGGGGAGCCAGAUUGAAUAAGGCCACAUCAUUCAUAAACCUCAUCCAACACAAAGGGGACAUGGGAUGAGGGCCAUCCUCAAUCUGUUCCCAUGGAGUUUUCGGUGCUGGGUAGGCAAGAACUCCCCUCACCCCCAAGUUAGGGGGCUUGGUCAGCACACUUGGGGUAUGGGUGGUGCAUGAGCACUCCAUACCCUGGCCUUGUGAAGCCUGAGGUUCGUGGCCUCUGCUGGCUUCUUGCUGCUUCCACUCUGCUUUGAGAGUGGAGUUUCCGCUUUUCUCUCCUCCGCUGGAGGCAGGGAGCUCUCACUGUGCAAGGUCGGGGGGCAAAGGAAUGUACCGCCAAACUGCUGUGACGUCAGAAAUCAGAUGGCUCAGAGUAUGGCAAGUUCUUGCUGGGAGGGUCAAGGAAGCCAGGGUUUCAGGGAGCAUGUUCUGCUCUCAUAAUAAUAGCCCGUGGCUUCUCUGGGCCCUCACCUCCUCCUCACACCUUUGACCUGUCCAAAGAGGAGUCUGGUCCUGUUAUGUGGAUGGAUGGACUCUGGAUUCCUCUUGGGGGUUGUAUCCAUGCUGAUUCCACCCCCUCUCUGAUCAGACCAGAGCCCACAUCCCACUGAGCUUCUGAACCGUCCUCAGGGAGAGGAGUCCAGAGCCUUCUUCCAACUCAUCCCAGACCAGCUCAAAGAUUCCAUGAAUUUCAUCAAGUCACUGUGAAUAGAGCCAACAGUAGGCUCUGUGGCACCUGUGUAUGUGCAUGUGUGUGUGUGCGUGCGUGCGUGUGUGUGCGCACCAUUGGGCAAGGUUGGUGGGGAGUCCCAUGCUCCUGCACUCUGUCUCACAAGAUGUUAAACCCCGGUUCUGAUGGGGAUCAGACAGCCAGGCUCUGGUCCCUUGGUGUUCCUCACGUUUUGCCAGCCCAUCCCAGAGGAAAUUGGAUCCUGAUGGAGACGGAACUUUGCUUGGGGAGAUGUGAUGAGGUGAGGUGUGCUGACCUCUUUUUUUUUUUUUUUAGCUCUUUCAAGAUUGGAUCAGAUCCAAUCUGCAUUGAUCUUUGUUUCUAUGAGGGCUUCGAUCUGUCUCCGUGUAAACUGGCGAAUCAGCGCCCAGAGGUGGUGCCGGCCCCCUCAUCUCCCUCAUCUAUUACAGAUUCACCUAGCUCAUUUCUGACAGGGUUGGGACCACAUUAUGGUCUGGUCCAACCUGCAUCUGGGUUGUGUCACAAGAACCGGUCCAUCCCCCCCUAAAUAUUCCUCUUGCCUUUGGCUUCCAUUAAGUAAUGAACUGGUGGUCAGGGAAGAGAGAAGGGUGAUCAGGAAGGGAAGCCCAGUUUCCCCUUUGAGAGUGGGUUCAUUGAACUGUGUGUUUGGGGGUAGUUCCUCUGGAUACUAAUUUGAAUUUAUAUACCUCAUGUUUUGGGGAUUUGAUGUAUAUAUAUGCAUAUAUAUUUCAUAAUAUUUGGAAGGUUUUUGAUGCUAGAAAAAUUGAAACAAAAGAACCUUCAAAAAAUGGUACUUAAGUUAGAACCGGAAGCCAAGCUUUCAUGAGAGCCUGCCCCAUAGCUCCUUGCUGUUAGGGUUGCAGCCAUUUUGGCAUUGGUAUGGCCAGCGGAUUCACCUGAUGAUUAUCACCCAGUUCCUUGGGACAUGCUGGUGCUGAGCCUUUCUUCACUUUCCAGAUGGCUAUGGGGAUGUGAAUCUGCUCCAGCAGAGGGAGCCCUGAAAGGGGAAGUUAUUCCUGCCAUUUUAGUUCCAGUUCUCCUAUUAGCCAGCGGCCAUUUAUCUCACCAGCAGACCAAGAAGGAGGUUGAUCCUGAGCUCCCAGCACCAUGGGGUAGUUUUCUGCCAGCGUCGGGAAGGAAACAUCUGAAUUCAAUGAAAGAGACAUCCCUAUGGCAUUUAAUGUCACACCCCAUGCCUUUACCAUGUGCCAGGGAGCCAGGAGAUUCCUUGAGUCCUUUGAGAUUCAUUGUAGACCUUGGACUAUCUCUGCCUUUGGCAUUCUUGUCGAGUAUCUGCUGGGCUUCUCGCCCACAGGGGCAAGGGGACAGACUGAGGAUCACUGGACUGAAAAACACAACUGAGGCAGUAGGAGGUGGAGAAGGAAAGACGACAGGCUUUAACAACUGGAAAUGGGUGGUGGGGGGCAGAGUGAUUUCCCUGUAUCAGAAAGAGGACUCAGAAUGUAUCAGGGAGUCUGUAUACCAGGGGUAAUACCAUUUUUGAGAAUUAGUCUUCAUACCUUCAAGCCUUUCCCCUUUGGGUUUUGAUUGGUACUAUGCCCCUUUUCUCCUCCUCUAGAAGGCUGUUGAGUUGGGGCUACCUCCCCCUCACACUGCUCUUCUUGUGGGACUUUCUGGACAGAAGGGACAUAGAAUUUCCCUUCUAAUACUGUGCCUGGCAACGUGGGGGGCAUUCCUUUGCCCUUGUACCAACCUGGAACGGUGCAGUCUCGGGUUCUGUGAGGACCCGGCCAGUAGAGGCCCUGUGUACCCACUACUAUGACACUGGGGACAUUUGCCCCACCAGAUACCCUGCCAUGUCCCCCUGGCCCUGGCAGGGAAUUCUAUGCCUUUCUGCCCAUCAUCUUAGCACCAGCAGCCUAGUUUCUCCCUUCCAGAGUCUCUAGGGAUGACAAAUGGGAUUGGAGACCAACCUUGUCAGAAGCUCAUCCCUUAAAAGGUGAAUUGUGUCCAUGUGGUUGCCUGUGCCUUUGUGUUUUCAUUCUUCUCCCCAUUUUGUAAAAUUUGGACUUCUGUGUGGUUUUAUAUUUGGUUAAGGGUACUUGUCCUGGUUUGCACUGACAUGCGCAUGAGAGGGUUGGGGGAAGGCCUGUGGAUACAAGAAAGGGCCCCUGCUCCCUUUCCUUGUGUCUGGUCCCUGGCAUUUGAGUGGGAGGGUUGGGGGAGAGGGCAGGUGAAUGUCCUAAUGUAAAUCCUGUUUGUAACUGGUGAGUUUUGAAGUCCUUGGUGUUGCUCUGUGAGAGGACAUCGCCACCUGGUGCUCCUGAGGUGUAUGUGCAGAACAAUAAAUGGCAAAUGAACAACCACAAAUUUGUGUUGUAGGUGUUAACCUUCUGCUUUUUGUAGAUCAGUACAUCUCUGAGGCACUGGGGUUGUCUCCCUGGGUCUGUAAGCAACCACAAGUUCUUGCGCGUCUUGGGGGAAAAUCCCUUUUCUUUCUCUUUUUUCACAUCUUUUGCACCCACAGAUUUGACCAAAGCACCUAACUUGACUCUUUGUUCCGCUGAAGAAACAGACCACAUGGCACUUAAGGGAACUCUGGGGGAAAGAUUACCUUCAAAAUAGUGUGUGCUUACUUCUUAAAGGCCCCUUCGCCUGACUACAAUACAGUAUGUGUUUCACUGGAUUACAGGCUGUCGUUUUCAAAUACUUGUUUAGCAUUAAUCAUCCCAACACUAACGAGAACACCACACCAAACCCGUUGCCAUCAAGUCGAUUCUGACUCGUGGCGACCCCAUGUGUCACAGAGUAGAACUGUUUUCUUGGCUAUAAUCUUUAUGGAGGAGCCCUGGUGGCCCAGUGGUUAAGGUUUGUGCUGCUACCCAAAAGGUUGGCAAUUCGAAUCCACCAGCUGCUCUUUGGAAACCCUAUGGGACAGUUCUACUCUGUCCUGUAGGGUCGCUAUGGGUCAGAAUUGAAUCGACCACAGUGGGUUUGCAAAUGCAAAGCCACCCUUGGCACUCAUAUCUUUCUGUAUUUCUCAUUCACGGAGUGUGGUUUUCUCAAAAGUCAGAAUUAGUUUGUCCAGAGACACUGCCCCAUCCCCCCACCCCCCGCCGAAAUCACAAGUUAGGAAAGCAGUGGAACUCAGAGCUCCCCCACUGGGGUUCUGGCUCCAUAAAAUGACUUGAUGCCCGGAAACUGCAAACUCCCACCUUUGAUUUCAUAUGCAGGAGCAGCCAGACAGAGCAGUCCUUAAGCACAUAUUUUAAUGCAUAUUUAUAUACGAUUCUGUUAGUAGAAAUAGAAGUUCAUGGGUAGCCUUUCAUUUCAACGGGCAGUUGGUGCCUUAAAAGUCUGGGAGCCUUUGGCUGUCAUUUGUCUUCCUGACUUAGGGAUCUUCAAAGACUUCUUGGGAAACUUGGAAUUUGCAGAAAAAUGGUCAGUUUGGCUGAAGCAUACCCACAAAACACCCAGAGGUUUAGAACAUUUUAAUGGCUUUCUCAAAAGCUCUAGAAGAGGCAGGGUUAAGUAAAGAGGUUGUAGAAAUCACAUAGCUUUUGGCUGGGAAGUCAGGAGGGCAGGGCUCAAAUUCACUUCUCUCUGGAUGCCAGUCGGAGAUGAAUGAGCACCCUUGAAACCAUCUUCUCACAGGCUGGGAUACUUCAAAUUUCCCAGGAAGCUUGUGUGUGUAUGUGUGUGUGUAUGCAUGUAGGGUUAUGUGUUAGCGUGUGUGUGCAAGUUUGGUGUAUGUGUGUGUAUGUUUGUGUGGUGGGAGGGGAUGAAGGGCAAGGAUCAUGGAAGAGGAAGGGAUUGCGCUUCGGUAACAAAGAAUGUGAAACUGUAAUGCUCGAUCUACCCAAAUCUAUGGCUCCUCUUAGGUGCCCUAUUUAUGAUGAUUUAAGAAGAAACCAGAUAGUUGAUUGUGGGUAAGAGUUUCCAUUUCCUCUGAACGUCAGAAUUUGUUCAGUUUUUACCCUUUCUUCGCUUACUCCUUGUCUCUAAACUUUCCCUCCCCCACUACCCCGACCUCCUAACAGAAGUUUAUAAGUUUAUAUUUUCUGAGACUGGUCAGAAGUCUAAGAAUGGCCUGAUGUAAGUAAUUGUGGUCUUAAUUGUGAGGGAGUUGGAGAAUGUGGGAUUGCUAUAGGCAGCGUCUUUCUUUUCAAAGGCCCUGAGAUGACCCAGAGGAGAUGACAUGUUCCAUCAACGUGAAACCCUCAAAGCUAAAAAAGCAGUGGCCAGACAGGAUUUUCCAUGUCUUUGAGGGACUCUGUCAGCCUCCAGGAACAUGAAAUCCUAAAACAAAACAAUGGGAAGGUAAUCCUUACAGGCAGAAAUUCUCAUAACUCGUGAAUUGGAAACCACUGCAGACCUCAGAUUAAACGAAUAGUCUCCAUUUUUUUUCUCCAAAUUAAAAUGUCUGCAUUCUCCCUCCACUCCUUUUUUACACAUAUGUAUACAUUCAUGUAAAGAUAAUUUACAAUGCAUGCAGGAAAAGACACCACCUUGUGUUUUAGUACCCAGGAUAGCUUUUGCUUAAAAAGUCACAACUGCUCCCUCAGCCCUCCCAACCUUAUCCAUGUAGCUCCACUAAUAUCCUGGCCUAGAUGUUCUAAAGAAGAAGUCACAAAGUUAUACCUGAUCUUUGCUGUCCUUGUCACUUUGAUCAUGGGGAAGGCAGAAGUAGAGAGGGGAGGAACGAGAGGCAUGCUUGCAACCCCCGUGAGAGACGAGGAAGAUUUAAACUGGAUUCUGCUCCGGCUCUUGGUGAGGGGCGUCUUCAGUCACUGCAGGGCCUUGGGUCAAACUCUGUUUCUCAUCCUCAAUUGCCUGGUAUUGCCUUUUCUUGUACUUCCUCGUGCCAUAGAUGGCCAGGGCGAUGGCAGCUACCAGGGCAGUGAUGACCCCUAAUAUGACCCCAGCUGUUUGUCCUCCCGACAGACCACCCUCAUCCUCAUGAAUGACCUUCAGGGCCUUGCGCAGCUCUAGCGGCUCUCCCAGCCUCCACUGGUGGGUCUCGUAGUCUUUAAUCCAGGAGCUCGAGGUCUCAGUAUUGGUCACCAUGACGGUAUUGGUGGCAGCCUGACUCAUGAGGGGUGGUCGGGUGUACGGUGGGAGCCUGACAGGAGGCAGGGACCCUUCUGUGAAGAUUCCAGACUUGACACAGUAGGACACUUGACACCCAUCGCUGAUGAGGGCUAGGUGUUGGCUGAAGCCCCCAGGACACUUUUUCAGAGAAGGUGCCCC